UGAAAAUAGUUCAAGAAACCAUCCUUUUUUCUAUUUCUCCUUUACCCAAUCCUGCUGUCCCUGGAACAUAAUCCUUGAGUGUCCACUGGGUCAAGGAAGGACAGCAGUUGGUUGACUACUAUAUCUAGUCUUUUAUUUCCUUUCCUCCUCUUCAGGAAUCAAAUACAAUCAUGCCUUUCCUGUUCAAGAAGCCUGACGAUGCCACGGGCUCUGCAGCCCCGGCUAUUGCCAUUGGAUUCUUUGUUGCUUUUGGUGGUGUUCUCUUUGGGUAUGUACAGUAGUACAUCUGCUAGGUGCUUUUGAUACGUGGUUUGAGAAUUCUUAUUGACUAUAACCUAGAUAUGAUACUGGCACAAUCAGUGGCAUCCUGGCCAUGAAAUACUGGCGGGACCACUUCUCCACUGGGUAUAUCAAUCCCGCAGACGGCCAACCCGACGUCACAUCCCAGCAGUCCUCGAUGAUUGUGUCUCUCUUGUCGGCCGGUACAUUUUUCGGAGCAUUGGCGGCUGGUGCGAUUGCAGACCGCAUUGGACGUCGACUAGCUAUGAUCUUCGAAUCCUUCGUCUUCUGCUUUGGUGUCAUUCUGCAAGUCUCUGCUACGGCGAUUCCCUUGUUUGUGGCAGGCAGGUUCUUCGCUGGUCUAGGUGUCGGUCUGCUCUCCGCUACCAUCCCACUGUAUCAGUCGGAGACGUCUCCUAAAUGGAUUCGAGGAGCUAUUGUCGGUUCCUACCAGCUGGCCAUCACCUUGGGUCUCCUCCUCGCCGCCAUUGUCAACAACUCCACCAAGGACCGCCAGGACACGGGCUCCUAUCGAAUCCCCAUUGCAGUACAAUUCGCCUGGGCUAUAAUCCUUGUCAUUGGAAUGCUUCUCCUGCCUGAGACCCCUCGGUUCCUGAUCAAGCGUGACAGACACGGAGAUGCAGCGAAGGCUCUAGCUCGUCUUCGUCGUACUGACACCGACGAUCCUAGUCUGAUCCAGGAGUUGACGGAGAUCCAGGCAAACCACGAAUAUGAGAUGAGCCUGGGCGCAGCUUCUUGGUCUGAGAUCCUGUAUGGUAGUCUGGGAAAGCGCCUGGCCACUGGUUGCGCUGUUCAAGCUCUGCAGCAGCUUGCUGGAGUGAACUUCAUCUUCUACUACGGAACUUCCUUCUUUCAAAAUUCUGGGAUCCAGAACGCCUUCGUCGUCACGCUCAUUACCAACAUCAUUAACGUUGUCUCGACGUUCCCCGGUCUCCUGAUGGUGGAGAGAUGGGGUCGUCGCCCCCUUCUUCUCUUCGGAGCGGUUGGCAUGUUUGUUUGCCAGUACAUCGUCGCCAUUGUGGGCACUACUACGUCCUCCGUUGUCGCGAACAAGGUCCUGAUCGCCUUCGUCUGCGUCUACAUUUUUUUCUUCGCCAGCUCCUGGGGUCCUGUCGCUUGGGUGGUCACGGGUGAACUGUUCCCAUUGAAGGCUCGGGCCCGCUGCCUCUCGAUCACAACAGCCACCAACUGGCUCCUCAACUGGGCCAUUGCCUACGCUACUCCCUACAUGGUCAACGAUGGCCCCGGCAAUGCCAACCUGCAAUCAAAGGUCUUUUUCAUCUGGGGUGGCUUCUGUCUGAUCUGUGCUAUCUUCGUGUACACCUGCAUCUACGAGACCAAGGGCCUAACCCUGGAGCAAGUCGAUGAGCUCUACGCCAAGGUCCCCGUGGCUUGGAAGUCGGCUGGCUUCGUGCCCACCGUCAAUUACAGCGAUGUUCGCGAUAUCGCAGCCGAUCUUAAGGGUGGCACUCUGGCUGACCUCGAGACUGGGGCCCAGGAGAAGCGGAUGGAGCAUGCCGACCAUCUGGAGACGGUUGCCAAGUCGGACGAGUAAGGCGUUCUCAGUACAGAUUUUGGAUUUCGAGUGUAUUAUUUUUUUUUUUUUUUUUUUUGGUUGGGCUGGCGUAUGUCUAUUUGCUUUGAGCGUGAGAUCAUGAUAGAC